AUGCAGACUGAAUCUAAAAGUGAGAUAGCAAGUAAGGAAGUUAUUGAAAGUUAUUUUAACUUUGGUGAAGCUAUGAAAAAACAUUUCGAUCAUUACAAGAAUCUCAAAUAUAGAGAACGAGCUUGCUUGGCUCUUGUUAAUGAUGAAAUCUGGAAACAACUCCCUGAUAAUAUUACUAAUGAUGCAUUGAAAAAAAGAAAAGAGAGAGCGGGAAAAAUAUAUGAUUUAUUUGUUAGUAUUGGUAAAGAGAAAAUAAGAG